AUAUGAGGAUUCACGGACAAUCUUCCAAAAUCUAAAGCCCGUUGCCAUAAUUAGAAGCCCAGGCACAGCUGAAACCAGAGCUGAAAGUACAAAGCUGUCGGCCGAGCGCAUUCGCAUUCGCGAGUCAGCACAUUGUGUUUAUUCAAUGCUGAAACACAGCAUCGCAUCCUAGGCUUGACGGGCGCUGCAAGACAAGCCCCCGCUGGGGAAAUGGAGCGCCAAGCGAAGCGCCCGCGCCUCGAGGUCCCUUCUUCAUUGGAGGGCCCUCCGCUGCCAUCGGCCGCAGCCCGGCUGACUGCUGAGCUGCACGCAGAGCGCCAGAGGCGAUUAGGCGCAGCACUGCCAUCACAUCGUGCAGGCGAAGAGCAGGAAGCUGGGGCGACACCAGCAGCGGAGCAGCAACAGGCGGAGGACCGGGCCGGCGGCACCAGCCGCGGUGCACAUGCCGCUGAGCUGCCCGGCGUCAGUAGGGGCGCUACGGCCACUGGUCCGGCUGAGCAGCCUGGUACGGCGCCUCUGUUGGCUUCUUCGGACGGUGUCUCCAUACUGACGUGGAAUAUUUGGUUUGAGGAGGGCGUGGCCUUGAUGGAGCGCAUGGCCGCUGUGAGCGCCACCAUCGAGGCGGAGGGCUACCCAGACCUGCUGCUGUUCCAGGAGGUGACGCCGCACAUCCUGCUGAUCUUCAGCCAGGCCGCCUGGUUCCGGCGCUACCGCUGCAGCCCACCCCCCCAGGAUGGCGAUGACGGCCCCUUCCUGCCGUACUUCGUGCUGCUGCUGACGCGGCGGGAUACCGUGGUGCUGCCGCCGCCACCCGACCGCUGGGAGUUUCAGUUGUUUGCCAACACGCAAAUGGCGCGCGGGCUGCUCUACACGCGCGCGGUGGUGCGCGGGCGGCCGCUGGUGGUGGGCACUGUGCACUUGGAGAGCCCGGCGGGGGCGGGCAGCGGCACCUCGCAGCAGAAGCGGGAGCAGCUGGCGGCGGCGCUGCAACUGGCGGAGGCGGCGGCGGGGCCGGGCGGCGACGCGCUGGUGGCAGGCGACUUCAACUGGUUUGAGGAUCGCAUGGGCCCAAUGCGCCUGCCGCCGCGCUGGGCCGAUGCCUGGUUGGCGCUGAGGCCUCAGGCACCCGGGUUCACCUAUGACGCGCGAGUCAACGGCAUGCUCAACCCGCGCUACAACGGCAGCCGCAUUGACCGGGUGGCCAUCCGGCUGUGCUCGUCUGGCCCCGGCGGCAAGGGCUGGCGUCUGGGCGACACCAAGCUGCUGGGGCUGCAGGCGAUCCCGGGCGUGCGGGCGGCGGCCAAAGGCAAAAAGAACACGCGGAUAUGGCCCAGCGACCACUUUGGGAUCCUGUUGCGGCUGCUGCCGGCGCCUCAUAUAUUUUCUGGUUCCGGCCGGAUCCUGGGCGGCGGCGGCGGCGGCGGCGGCGGCAGCGCCAGGCCUAUUGACAACGCUGCAACAGUGCCUUGCGACGCCAGCGGCCCGGGACCGAGUGCUGCCGCCGCCGUGCUUGCGGCGUGCGACCACCGGGUGGCGAGCACGAGUGCUGCAACUCACGUGGCAGCUGCUAAUGCUACGCAAGGAAAGGGAAACGGAGGCUCGCAGCGAGAUGGUGAGCAGCGCGUCACGCCCGGCGAUGGGAGCAUGGAGGCUCCGGGCUGCGCAGGCGCGGGAGCUAAUGAUGACGCAUCUGGCGGUCGCGCUGGUGCACGCGUGCGGACGGAGUGCGUGGACUUGACACUCGAUGACUAGCGUACCGUGCUGAGGGGGAUUUCAUUGUGUCUCAGGGCGCGCGGUGUGGCGUGGCCAGAGCGUGGGAGCCCGGGCUGUGCGGGGCUCUCUGCUGCUUGGAUACACCCCACGACACAGAUGGGUUGCACAAGAGUGAGUCACGGAGGGCCGCAUUCCCCUACGCCGACGACUUUGAAACAGAUACAUGACGCAUGUGCUCUAGAUACUUGACCACGG